GCAUUCGGUCCAUGUAUUCCUCGGGCUCCAAAAAAAUACCUGUCAAAUGUUAAGUGCCCAGAGCCAAUAAAAAAUAAAAUCUCGAGUGAUAUAUUUUUAAAAAGACUAUUUAAAAUAUGUAGUGACAUUGAAAUUCAAAUUACGCGGGUUAAACUUAAAACCCGAUAAUUGAAUCGGGGGUUUUAAUUACUAGCUAUUAUAAUCUUUAUUAAAUUAUCAAUAAGAUAAUAUUUUAUUUGAAUUAAUAACAAAAACAAGAAUUUAAUUUAUGAGACAUAUAUAUAAAUAUGACGAGAGAGGAGCGAGGAGGAUAAUAAGUAGAUUUAUUAAAUUACGCCGUGCUCGUGGGCGGUUACCUGUGACGUUUCUCAAUAAAGUGACACUUGCUCGAUUCUCGAUGCCGUUUUGAUUUAAAUUUCUCGCGAGAUAAAAAAAAAUAUAUAAAUAAAAAGCUGAAAGUGAUAGCGACGUAAAUAUUGAGCUGCUGGAAAUUAUUUAAGUGAAUAAUAUAUAAUGAGCGCAGAACGACGCGCGAUUAUUUACGUGCGUCGUUCUAUGAUACAUUUUUUUUCUGACAGUUAAUUAUUUAUUUGUGAAAAAAUAUAAGAGUAAUUUUAGAAUUAUGAAUAUCAUGCGUAAAUUACGAGGGGGAAGUGCAGUUGGAGGUAUGGGUUCCAGUGGAACUGGAAGUGUUGAUGACUGUGUGGGCGGUAGUAAUCCUCAGCAUACGGCACUAGGUCUUAUGCACCUAAAGAAAUUAUUUUCUGAAUACACUCACCCGCCGCAUCCGCUGUCGGAGACCGAGAAAGAUGAUAAGCUUUAUAAUAUGUUGCCAUUGUUUUGCAAGGUCUUUGGGUCUAGUCCUGCUGGAGAUAUGAGCGAGAAAUUCUGGGAUAUAUUGGCUUUUACGCAGCAAGUGUCCAAGCUGAUGGUGUCGGAGAUAAGAAGACGGGCGAGCAAUCAGAGUACUGAGACCGCCAGCUGUGCGAUAGUUAAAUUAUUAGAGAUUGAAAAUAGUGAGGAGUCGAGUAACGGGUGGAUGUUGCUGUCGACGUUAAAUUUAUUAGCCGCUGGUGACGCGUCGUUGAUACAAGCGAUGACAACGGCUUCAGUGCCAUCGACACUUGUCAAGUGUCUGUAUUUGUUUUUUGAUUUACCUGAAAUGAAUGACGCAGAAGCGGAUCUCACUGAUGUUAAUAGUGAAUUUACCCCACGGGAACGCAGAAUAUUGCUACAAAAAAUAUUUGUACAAUUACUGGUGCGGCUUUGUAGCCACCCGUAUCCAGCAGAAGAACUGGCACGGAAAGAUGAUUUAACGUUAUUAUUCUCGGCGAUAACUAGCUGGUGCCCGCAGUACAAUGUCAUGUGGCGUAAAAGCGCUGCUGAAGUAUUGAUGACAUUAUCACGACAUGGACUCACUCAAAAUGUCGUAUCUUAUAUUCAUAACAAAGGAUGUAUAGCGCUUUGCAUUGACAAUAUGCAACGUGUACCUGAACUAGCUCCGCUUGAAGUUGUUGAAAUGUUUGUAACGGUAUUUUGUUUUCUAAAAGACUCUAGCGAAGUAUCACAAAUGCUUUUGGAUGAUUUUCGCGUUUGUCAAGGAUAUAUUUUCUUAUCAGAAUUUCUACUUAAACACGCACCUUCGCGGCUCGAACAAGAGGGAAACGCCGAGGCGCAAGACGCUAUCAGGAAUUUGGUAUUGAUGUUGGCUUCGCUGACAAUGUGCGGACACACUGAAUUGAAACCGAGUCAAGCAAGUAUGGGCUCGUUGUUUCAAAUGUUAGGGUUUUCUCUGCCACAGCCAAGCAAUCGAGGCGGCAGUGUCAGAAAUAUUCAAGCAUUCCAAGUACUACAAUCUGUAUUCGUCAAGUCUAACUCGUCACUUUUGUGCUGCACUAUACUCGACGCCAUAUCCAGUGUUUAUCACAGUGACAAUGCUAAUUAUUUUAUACUAGAAGGACAAAAUACCCUAUCACAGUUUGCUGAAAAAAUAUAUUUUAAAAAUCCUGAGAUACAAAAAAAAUUCUUUCAAUUAUUAGAGUUUAUAGUAUUUCAGCUUAACUUUGUGCCUUGCAAAGAACUCAUAUCCCUAUCAAUUCUUCUCAAGUCUAAUCACUCGGUCAGUUGCAGUAUAAUGGCGAUGGAGACGCUGCUGAAUAUUCUGCGACACAACGUGAUAUUCAAGGACGUGUACAGAGAAGUAGGAAUGCUGGAAGUGUUUGUUACUUGUUUGCAUCGUUACGCGACGCUGCUUAAGGACAAGCAGUCGGCAACUGACCAGGGCUUGGAGUACAAAAUGUGCCCGGAGCAAGAGCGUCUUGGUCAGCUGGUGAUGGAAGCUCUUACAACUCUACUGGGCGGCAAUGUGCAGAAUGCAAAUGUUUUUCGAGAGUGUACUGGAGCUCGAUGUGCCCACAAUCUCGUUCCCUACAUGGAGUGUAGGUUUCAGGCACUGAGUCUCGUCAGAGAACUUAUUCUCAGCGCCGGUGGAGAUGACGACAUGGCAACUCUGCUUGGUGUGAUGCACUCGGCACCUGCGAACGCCCUGGUUCUCAAGUCUCACAUACUCCUGGCACUUCUUACAUGUUUACGAGAGUCCCAUCGCACUCGAACUGUUUUUCGUAAAGUUGGGGGUUUUGUUUACGUAAUGUCAGUACUCGUUUCUCUUGAAGGCCAACUAGGACCACUGCCACACAAUUCUUCAGAACCUUGUAACGAUAACAUUCCAGAAAGAAGUACACAAGAUGAAUCACAACUUCUUAAUCUACUUCAUCUUGUCUUUCAGACAAUUUGUACUGCUAUGAGAUUUGAACCAGCAAAUGCUAAAUUUUUUCAUUUAGAAAUAUGUCAAUCUAGUUUAUGUGAUACUCUACGACUACUUGGUUGUUUUUCAUCUCAAACUACACUUACUGAGUGUAAUAAUCCAGUGCCGUCAAUAAAUUAUCACAAUACCUGGCAAGGUUUGUUCAAUGGAAAUGUUCUGGAACCGUCAUUUCCAAGUGAAAUACCAAAGAGUCUUUCGUACGCGUGUUUAUUGCUAAGAUUGCUCUACGACGUAGCGCUUGAUGUCUUUGAAAAGCCAAACUUUGCAGCCAUUGGCACAAGAUCACCGUGCCAUAGACAAUCCAGCUUGGAGAACCAAAAGUCUGUUGACUCUCCAGUGAGUGGAAAACGUUCAACUGUCAAUUCACUGAAUUUAAAUCCCCCUGCACCAGAGCCAAUUAUUGUCCAUCCAGGUAUUGUUGUAGGGAUGCUUCACCUGUUGCCUUCAAUAACUGACCGAACAAAACCAGAGUAUGCUCUGGCUCUUCAGAUUUACAUUGCUGAAGUAAUUAAGAGUCUCGUGCGCUCGGAACGGAAUCAACAAGUCAUGUGCGACUCUGGAAUGGCUGGAGAAUUAUUAACUAUGGGCAGAGUUGCGUUGCAAGAUGAAACUCAUCCGCUCCAUCAACCUCUUCAGUACAUAAUUGAACGUCUGGCAGCUCAGUCAUUAGAGCCAAAAGAUUUACGUGAAUUUUUACGACUCGGUGAUCCACUUUGUUGCAUUUCGCUGGACGAUAUAGAGCCAAACAAACAACGUGGGGGACCAGUUCCUUUGACGCGUAUCAAAACUCUUGUGUCAAUGACAACACCAAAAGACUUUAGAGCUCACGGGUCGUGUACUCUGCCGCCAUUCGUUGAGUUUGACAUGAGCGCUGAAGGAUUUGCGAGUCUUUAUCUUCCUAGUAUCGCACCGCAGAGCACAACUCCACCGACAGUAGUCUCUGCUGACAACAGCGUACUGGGUGGCAUUGGUUCAGGUGAUCGGUUGUUCCCACCCCAAACUGGACUUACAUACAGCACAUGGAUAUGUGUCGACAAAUUCAGCGACCCACGAACAGAUCCUCACUGUGUGAGACUUUUAACUUUGGUACGGAGUCCACCCUCGGGUACUCGAGACAUAAUUUGUUUUGCUGCUGUCUUGAGUGCUAGAGAUAAAGCUAUUAUUGUUUCAACACAAGAAACUCAGAUGCCGCAGAGUAUUGGAGAAUGGGAACCCGAAGGCACUGGAGAAAGUGGAGCACGAGUUUGGUGUCCCGAUUUACUUCACGAGGGACAAUGGCAUCAUAUAGCUAUUGUAUUGAAUCGCGCAGUUCUGAAAAAUUCAAGUUUUUCUCUCUACUUGGACGGCCAACAUAUUCAAAGUCAAAAACUUCAUUACAUCACACAAACACCUGGCGGAGGGGCUGCUAAUUUGACCGUAGCAUCGCCUGUUUAUGGUUACGUCGGUACACCUCCAUGCUGGAGACGUUACUCAAAGUUGACUUGGAAACAAGGACCUUGUCAUUUAGUUGAAGAGGUUUUCAACUCACAAAAUAUACUUACGUUAUUUAAAUUGGGCCCUCACUAUAUGGGAAGUAUGCAAGCACCUCAAUUCAUCGGACCUGAACCUCUGUCUUCUCUGCUGUCGGAAGAAAAAGUUGUAUUUGGAUUGAAUGCCAAAGCCAUGUCACAACUAACGCUAGCAAAAAUACGAAAAGUCUACAGUAGAGCAGAUACUAAGUCAAUAGCCAAGCAACUUGGCAUGUCUUCUCAUGAAAAUGCAACUCCGAUACGCGUUCUCCACAACUCUGCUGGUCAUCUCAGUGGACCAGCUCGAGCUCUCGGAGGAGUCGUGGUUGGUUAUCUAGGCGUGCGAGUUUUUAAUCCACGUCCAGUUGCCACGACAAUUGACAACGUAGGAGGAUGCUCAGUGUUACUGGGUCUCAUUGCCAUGGCUCAGGAUGUCGAGUCUCUGUACGCGGCAGUAAAAGCUCUGGUGUGCGUCGUGAGAUCAAAUCAAGCUGCGCAACAAGAAAUGGAUCGUCGUCGAGGUUACCAGACUCUAGCCAUGUUACUAAGAAGAAAAUGUCCUCUACUAAACAGUCACAUUCUUCAUUUGACAUUCAGUCUAGUGGGUACUGUUGACAGCGGACGUGAGACCAGCGCCAUUCCCAAUGUCACUGCAUUCCAAGACUUGCUCUGUGAUUUACAAGUGUGGCAUGAAGCUCCCGGUGAGUUACUUCGUUCUUUAUUAGAGCACUUGUAUGAAUUAGUAGCUGAGUCUAAUGAAAAACGAACCAACCUAAGACUGAUGCGGGAUCUACAGUUGGUUCAUAAAUUAUUACAUAUUUUAAGUGAAGUCAAGCAGAACUCAACGCGACAAGUUCUUCUAGCGCUGCUGAGUAUCUUGCUGGCACAGCCACGUCAAGCGGAUCUUUUGUGGUUCGGUCAAUUUAUCGUCGCUACAUUGCCUCUGGUAUCAGAAAAACAUUUAGUUCCACGUGAAAAUGAAGGCCCGAAAGAAGGUGAAGGCGAAAGUAUUUUACUACGCAACAGAUGUCUUCAGUUAUUACACUCGCUAUUGUUUAAUGGAUCCAAAGUAAAUGCAACAAUGUGCGAUGAAUUAGCGAAAGUUCUUGGUUUGGACUGGGUUCUAUUGUUUUUACAAUCAGGUCUACACAGUACAACUAUUGUGUGGGGAUUAAGGAUACUCGUAGCUGUUUGUUCAGUCCAAUCGAUACUUCAAAAGUUCAAAGAGGGAUCGAGUAAUAGUGGCUGGUUACGACACACUGAUCAUAAUAAAAUGGCAAUGGCCUUGGGGUGUCAGCAACAAACUUCAACUGGUGAAGUAAAGCCAAUAGGUUUAAAUGUACCGGGAUUCCAACAUCUCGGCUGGCUACUUCCUCAACACGUAGAUCUUGUUCCCGAACUCUACUUUCUUUUUAUUGGGCUCAUGUUAGUCCAGCCAAUAAAAUUACUGCCAGCUGACUCUAAAUUAGAACUUGAUAAUAUCUGGAAUUUUAUGUUUGGCGUACCAGCAAAUCAUUCAUUGUCAUCUUUCAAUGGAAAAAUAAAUUUAUGUCCGGAUGCUGUUGUUGUGCUUCUAGCUAUGGUUCGCACUAUGCUUAAUAUGCACUUUAAUAAUCCAGACAGCUUACCCGAGUGGCUUACUGAGUAUCCAGUGACAAUAAUACAAUUUUUAUUUUUUCUCUAUCACAAUUUCACAGAUUUUAUGCCAGUAUUUAUGUCAGCUGAAGUCUUGGGCGCUUUGGCGGGUACAUUGUUCCCAAAACCUAUUACUGGAAGUCAAGACAGCAGUGGAGCAAGUACUCCAGCGGAUGAACAGGAGCCAGUGCUGGUGAGAUCACCAUCUAAGGACAUCGGGUUAACGAAUCACCCGGCAAGGAAAUUUGUCAUGGAUUUCCUACGAGUUAUUGUCGUAGAUUCCCUGUCUCUUCCAGUGACAGCUAAAUCUCCACCGGCGAUAGAUCUAGUGUUAGAAGCCUGGCCAGAGUACGCGUCAACUGGUCAACAGACGCGUUACCAAACAGAAAUAUUGUCAAUUUUAAUGGAACAUCUUUUAGCUGCCGAUGUAUUGAUCGGCGAACAAGCAGCAUUGCCUGUAGUUCCUGGCGGCUCUGUUAAUAAUAUAACUAAUAAUGUUUGCUAUGUUACAGCGAGAAUUGUUGACAAACUGUGGCAAGGAGCAUUGACCAAAGACCCGCAUGAAGUCUUUGACUUUAUUGUUAAACUUAUUGGUCAAGCUAAAAGGCGACCCGGGGCCGUCAGCAUGGAAGGUCUUCAUCAUUGUUUAAAUAGAACAAUAUUAUUUUUGUUGUCACGAGCAACAGAUUCAAUUGCUGAUCAAAUGGCUGUUUUGGAAGCUCUGCAUAAAUUGACAACUCACAGAUUACUUGUAUUUGGUGCUGGGAAUCAUGAACUGGAAUUUAUCAGCUGUUUGACCUACUGUCUUCUUCAGCUUACUGCUGACAUUAAAAUAAUGCUAGACACAAAUAUGAAAACUACUUGGCAUGUUAAUCCUCAGGUUGAGUCAAGUGAUGACCGACUGACGUCUCAUCAAGGGCACAAUCUUAUGGCAGUAGCGGCAACAAGAGUCUGGGAAGAAUUGUACGCAUGUAAAAAACCAGCUAUCGAGGAAGUAUUCAAAAUUUCGUUGCCAGCUCCAGUCGGCAAUGAACGUGCACCAGAUUUAUCGAGUGUACGUGAUCUUGUUCAUGAACAAGCCACCAGACUUUGGCUUAAUUACGUUGUCUUGGAACGCAAAGCUUCAUACAGAGUACCCUGGGAGCUUCAUAAUCAGAUUCAGUCGAAAAUACAAAAAGUAACUGGUGGAUUGACACGAUUAGCAAGUCGCACAAAAGUACGGAAAGAAGAGUCUGUAAGACCGAGACUGAGGCUUCAUCACAGCGCAGUUGCUCAGUGGACAGAGCAACAUGUCGGGUUGGUAAGAGAAUUGGCUGCUACUCGUAAGCUUCAGCAGCAGCAAACUUAUCAGCAUACCCAGCGAUAUGUUUAUCAAGAAUGGCUGCAGACUGAAACUGAAUUGACUCGCGAACGCGGACUCUGGGGUCCGCCGACUCCAACUGUUCUGGACAAAUGGAUGCUGGACAUGACAGAGGGGCCGUGUAGAAUGCGCAAGAAGAUGAUGAAAAAUGAUCUGUUUUAUAUUCACUAUCCUUAUCGACCAGAGUUGGAUCAUCCUGAUAACAAACAACUCAAGUAUAAGGUAGCCACGAGUAUGGACAGUAAAGAAUAUUAUUUGAAGCAACUUGGUAAUUCAUCAGGUAUGUUUGAACGUGAACGGGAUCCAGUUAUUGACGAUACUCCUUUAGCUAUGCACGAAGGAUCAACUGAAAGUGAACCACCGAUGGUACCUUGCACGCUGGAACGUCACGCAAGCGAACCUGAUGAAGCGCCAGAAGAUAACGAACAAGAGGAAGAAAAUAAUCAAGCUGUUCCUGAUAAUCAGACACUGCUAAGACUGCUUGAAGAGCAUGAAAAAAUCAGCCACAUGUUUAGAUGUGCCAGGAUCCAGGGUUUAGAUACCACAGAAGGUCUUUUAUUGUUUGGCAAAGAACACUUUUAUGUUAUUGAUGGAUUUACGCUGCUUAAGUCCCGUGAGAUCAGAGACAUUGAGAGUCUACCGGAUGCUUAUGAACCGAUACUGCCUUCGCCUGGUUCACCAAGAAGAUCUCGAGCCAUGAGACAGUGUUCGAAAUUCAAUUAUGAAGACAUCAGAGAAGUUCACAAAAGAAGAUAUUUACUACAGCCCAUGGCACUUGAGGUAUUCAGUGGUGACGGUAGAAAUUAUUUACUAGCAUUCCCAAGAAAAGUACGGAACAAAGUCUACCAAAGAUUCAUGACAUUUGCAACGGCGAUUGCUGACAGCGCUCAUCAGUCAGUGGCAGGACAAAAGAGAACAGCUAAUGUUGAGCAAGCUACUGGAUUACUUUCGAAUCUUAUUGGCGAGACUUCGGUGACUCAGCGAUGGGUAAGAGGAGAAAUAUCAAACUUCCAGUAUUUGAUGCAUUUAAAUACUUUGGCUGGACGAAGUUACAAUGACUUGAUGCAGUAUCCGAUAUUUCCUUGGAUAUUAGCAGACUACGACAGUGAAGAAAUUGAUUUUAAUGAUCCGGCGUCUUUUAGAGAUUUCACUCGACCUAUGGGAGCACAGAGCCCCGAAAGAUUGUUACAAUUUAAAAAGAGAUACAAAGAAUGGGAUGAUCCUCAUGGUGAAACUCCACCUUAUCACUAUGGAACUCACUACUCGUCGGCAAUGAUCGUUUGUUCUUAUUUAGUAAGAAUGGAGCCUUUUACCCAGCAUUUCUUGCGGCUUCAAGGCGGUCACUUUGAUCUUGCUGAUAGAAUGUUUAACAGCAUCAAAGAAGCGUGGUCGUCAGCUUCCAAACACAAUAUGGCUGAUGUCAAAGAGCUUAUUCCCGAGUUCUUUUAUCUUCCCGAGUUUCUUAUCAACUCCAAUCACUUUGAUUUGGGUUCCAAGCAGAGUGGAGUCCAAUUAGGCGACAUUGUGCUCCCGCCUUGGGCAAAGCAGGAUCCUCGUGAGUUUAUCAGAGUCCAUCGGCUGGCAUUAGAAAGCGACUACGUCUCCCAAAAUUUGCAUCACUGGAUAGAUCUUAUAUUUGGCUACAAACAAAACGGGCCUGCAGCCGUCGACGCAGUCAAUGUAUUCCACCAUUUGUUCUACGAAGGCAACGUUGACAUCUACACCAUAGACGAUCCGCUAAAAAAGAACGCAACAAUUGGAUUCAUAAAUAAUUUUGGACAAAUACCUAAACAGCUAUUUAAAAAACCCCAUCCAUGUAAAAAAAUGACUGUAAGAACGAGUGUUAUUGACCCAGGACCAAUAACUCCGGGUUUAAGUAUCACAGCAACAGAUAAAUUAUUUUUCCAUAAUCUAGACAAUCUAAAGCCUUCAUUGCAGCCCAUUAAAGAGCUGAAAGGUCCAGUAGGACAAAUAUUACAUAUUGAUAAAACAGUAUCAGCUGUUGAACAAAAUAAAACACUUAUUCCUCCUUCGUUUAAUAAAUAUGUAGCCUGGGGUUUUGCUGAUCAUUCAUUGAGAAUAGGUAAUUAUGACAGUGAAAAAGCAAUAUUUGUUUGUGAAGCAAUGAUGCAAAGCAACGGAGAAAUAGUUGCUUGUGUUUGUCCGUCUUCCAAAUUGAUUGUCACAGCAGGAACAAGUUCUGUUGUUACAGUAUGGGAGUACUCUAAACGUCAAUUGUCAAUAAAACAAUGUCUGUAUGGUCAUACGGAAGCAGUAACCUGUCUUUCAUCAAGUCCUGCUUACAAUGUGAUUGUGUCUGGGUCACGUGAUGGUACGGCAAUAAUCUGGGAUUUGUCCCGGUGUCUUUUUGUACGACAGCUAAGAGGUCAUGCUGGUCCUGUAGCAGCUGUGGCUAUAAACGAUCUCACUGGUGACAUUGCCACCUGUGCAGCAACUUGGCUCCACGUUUGGAGCAUCAAUGGCGAAGAAUUAGCGAGUGUCAAUACGUGUGUGGGUCGUGCUGACAGAAUGCAACAGAUUUUGUGUGUCGCGUUCAGUCAAACACACGAGUGGGACUCGCAAAAUGUAAUAAUGACUGGUUCCACUGAUGGUGUUGCUCGAAUGUGGUCAAUGGACUAUGUCCAGGUGCCUGCUGAAGAAGAAAAACCCGAAGAAGCAGCUGACAAGUCAGCAGUGAAGAAACAGCCUAGUACUGAAGAAGAGAGAACACAGAGUACCAAGAAGAGAGUUCAUGAACUGGUCAAACAAAUGAGUAUAUCUGCUGAAGAGUCAAGUCUGAUGAUGAAAAGUGGCUCGGAGAGCAGUUUAUCUGAAGCUGAAACUCUGAAGGAAGCUUCACGUCUUCAUGAAGAAAAAGAAGAGUGCUCGGAUAAUGAAUCGAGUAAUAGUUCAAUUAAUAAAUUAUGUCCAAAAAAUUCACAAUCGCCGACUGUAGUGAUGAGGCGGAAGAGUCGGGGGAAUCCGAUGUUUAGAAAAAGUGAAGGAGGUGGUAGAGCAGACAGUGAAGUUAUUCAGGCUCACGACUCAUCUCACAAUGUUAGCAAUGAUUCUGAUAGUGCAUUGAGGACUAGUAAAAGCGAUACCAGCUUGACUGAUAGUUUUGUUAUGGUUAAUGAAUCAGAUACUAAACCACGCAGGAUCAACCCACAAAAUAUUCUUAGAGAUGGAUUCAAGUGGCAGAGGCAGCUGGUGUUUAGAAGUAAACUAACAAUGCAUACAGCCUAUGAUCGGAAAGACAAUGCAGAGCCUGCUUCGAUAACAGCAUUGGCGGUGUCGAAAGAUCACAAAACAGUUUACGUGGGUGAUACUAGGGGUCGAGUGUUCUCGUGGAGUGUUUGCGAGCAACCUGGACGAACUGUCGCUGAUCAUUGGCUUAAAGACGAGGGCGCUGAUUCCUGUGUCGGUUGCGGAGUGAGAUUUAAUCUCUAUGAGAGACGACACCAUUGUCGCAAUUGCGGACAAGUAUUCUGUUCAAAGUGCAGUAGGUUCGAGUCGAAAAUAUCGAGACUGGGAAUUCUAAAACCUGUCAGAGUAUGCCAGGGAUGCUUUUCACAACUAAGAUCCCAAGGAUCAACUGACAGUAAUAACACUUAAUCGACUAGUGAUGUUGUUACUUUAGCACUGAAACUAGAAUCACAAUUGUCCGAUAAACCACCAAAUGUCCUCACAAUUAACUUCUAUAGAAACUUAUUAACCCUGUAAGUAUAUAUUUAUUAUAUGAACAAUGUAUAAACUGUUGGCACAUUUCAUCUGAAAUGACUCCGCGGUGAACUUCUCCCAGAAAGAGAAUGAGCCGUUAUUCACCCCCACUACUGAUAAUUUCUAAACUGCGCACGCGCGAGACAAAGUGGGCGUAAAAACUGAAGACACCCGAGGGCACUAUCUUGUUAGGACAAUUUUACUAUAAUUUUCGAUGAUGAAUUAUUUAUUGAUUGUUAAAAAAAAAAAAAAAAAAAAAAAGAAACUCUGGCGAACAGUUGACAGCUUGCGGUCCAGUACCUCCUACCGUACAAUCAUUUUUUUACGUUUAAAUAUUUACAAUUAUUAUUUUCUAUUAUUAUUACUCUGAUAAAUUUUUAUGUAUGAUAAAUAGUAAUUAAUGUCUAGAGGUUAAGGGCUGAUGCAUUACUUACAAACUGUGAUUUUUUUACUUGUCGCAAUUUACAACACUUGUUUUUUUAUUUUAUUUUAUUUUACAAUUUUAUCAAUCGAGAUAUUUUUUAAUAUAGAUUUAUUAUCAUUUUUUGAUUUAUUUAAAUUUGAUUUUAUCUUUUGACUCUCCAAUAAAUAAUUGAUCUUUUUAUUUAUUUUUAAAAAAUUACUGUGCUAUCAUAGACAAUACCAUACCAUAGAUUGCAUAAAAUGUGCUUGGAAAUAGUGUCAAUGUAGCAGACAUGAGAAAAUUAUGAAUUUUAAAUAAAUAAAUAAAAAUAAUGAAAUUUUAAAAAAAUGCGCGUACUGAGUUUUUAUUUAUAUCUUUAUACGCAUUUUUAAAUUUUCAUUCUAAUUAUAUUUUAUUUAUUUAUGAAAUUUAAAAAAUUGACAGGUCAGCUGCAUUGACACUCAUUGAAAAUACGUUCUAAGGAAUGAGUGUGAAUGUAGCAGCGUUUUAAAUUUGUCUGAUGACUGCUACAUUCACACUCAUUCUAAGGAAAGUUAAAUCAUACAACAAUUUACGGCUUAGCUUAAAACAAUAAUAAUAAUUACGUGUGUAUAGAUCUUUAAAUGUGGGAUUCUUUAGAAUCUAAUAGUUUGAUACCUAACAAUCAAGACCUACGGACAAAAACAACAAAAAAUAUACAAUGGGUGUGAAUGUACCUAACAAUUGUAAAUUUUUUAAAUUUUUGAAUAAAUAAAACGUCAGUAGAAUGAAAAUUUAAAAAUGCGUAUUUAGACAAUUUAAAAAUUAGUACGCGCCUUUUUUUAAAUUUCAUUUGAAUUAGUUUAUUUAUUUAAAAUUUAUAAAUUGUCUCAUCUGUUACAUUCACACUCAAUAAAAUAACUCCAUAAAUAAAUAAAAAAAAGUAUUUAUUCACUGAGUUCAAUCUUCUGAAAGGCAGCUUGCAUAUUUUAAUCGUAUCGAUAGAUAAUUUAGUGGAAUUGAUUUUAUUAAAUAAAAAUAAAAUAAAAAAAAAUGUAUUUUACAUUUUGUAACAAAUAAUAAUUAUAUUAAUAAAAAUAAUAAUAAUGCUGAGAUCUUUUGGAAGAUUGGUAAAUAUAUUUAUUAAUACUAAUAAUAAUAAUAAAAAAUAAUAAAUAAUAAAAGCAAAUUCUAAAGAAAAUUAUUAAGACCCAAGUAUUAGAACGGUGAUAAAUCCGUUGUAAAGCCAAAUGUAUAAGAACAAGGCUGAUAAUAAUGGUGUAAAAAUUGUACGGAAUUAAUAUGAUCUAUUGUUAUUAGUUAGUUAAUCGCAGAAAGAAAAAAAUUUAAUGUAGAGAGAAACCUGCAUUGAAUAGUUGAAAAAAAAACGUUUAUAGUAUAAAUAAAAUAUUUAGAUCCAUUGCAUUGAUAUUGAAAAAAGAACAACAAAUCUAUGAAAAGUAGACGUCAUUUAAUUAUAAAAAGAGUAAGGAUAUUAAUGAUGAAAUAAAGUUGGACUGUGAGAAUGAAAUUGAAUGAUAAAAAAAAAUAUAAAGGCUUUAUGUAAUGUGUAAACUUCUGUAUGGUUAAUUUUAAUUAAUUAUUGUAAUAAUAAUAAUAAUAAUAUAUAUUAUAAAGGCACAUAUAUGUAUUCUCUAGUCAAAAACGUCUGUGUGCCUUUAAAAUAAUUAUUUGUUGUUAAUUAUUAUUUGUUUGGUGACUUUAUUAUACGAGUGAUUAUAUUAUUUAAAUUAUUUUUACAGUAUUAAAUUUAAUAAUUUUAAAUAUAUAUAUUUAAAUUGUAUAUAAUAAUUAUGACAAUAUCCUUUAUACAUUAUAAUCAUUGCAUCGUUUUAUCUAUUCAAUACAAAUACAAAAAAAAUUUAUAUUGAACACAAAAGUUAUUUAUUUGAUAAGAGCUUUAAAAAUUUAGUUUAGUUCUUUUACAUUUUAGUCGUGAUUUUUAUUUUUUUUUUUAACUAACCCUAGUAAAUUUUUUGAAAUUAACGGCCAAAUUAGUCAACCGGCUGAAUAUUUAUGAAAACUUGAUUGAUGUAAAUUUUUUUUUUUUAUUUACAUAUGAAGUUAUUAUUGUAGUUAUGGAAGAAUGUAUGAAU